UAAAUGAUUAACAACAGGUGUGAGGCACUAUCCAGGAGUCUGACGUGAACAAGGAAGCUGCACAAAGAAAAUAAAACCAGUCGGGCUGCUCUUUUGUGAGAGACACCCUUGCCUUACAACCAGUUACACAGGUGGCACUUCAGCACGAGAGCUGUGAGGUAAAUAGUAUUGGAGAAAAUGCUGAAGAAACUCUUCCUCAUUGCGGCCCUCUUGGCUUCUUUCAGUGUUUUGUGUUUUGCUGUGCUUCUUUACUAUGACCAAAGAGGCCAUGCAACUUUUUUAACCAGGCAGAAUGACAAGGGGAAUAGUUCUAACCAUUUAUUGUCAUGGCUGUUAAAAGACCAGGAUCAACAGGUUAGAGGAAUAAAGAGUGAGGACUAUAAAAGCUCUGAAGCGUCCGUGGAAAGUAAAGCUGCCAAAGAGAGUCAACCCUCCAUCAAAGCUGUCCAAGAGGAGACCCAGAAGCCUGCCCCUGUGAACAAGACCAUUGGACCCUGCCCUGACAUGCCUCCAAAUCUUGUGGGUCCUCUUCGUGUGGAGUUUGAACAACGGACUCUGGAUCAGGUGAGAGAGGAGGUCAGCGGUCCUCUCCAGACGGGAGGCAGGUUCAAGCCAACAGAUUGUGUCGCUCAACAGAAGGUGGCGAUCAUCGUCCCGUUCCGAAAUCGUCACGAGCACCUGAAGCACUGGCUGUAUUACCUCCAUCCCAUACUGCUGCGGCAGCAGGUGGACUACGGCGUGUACGUCAUCAACCAGUACGGAGAGGGAGUGUUCAACAGAGCCAAGCUGAUGAACGUCGGAUACAUUGAAGCGCUAAAGGAGUACGACUAUGACUGCUUCGUUUUCUCAGACGUAGAUCUGGUUCCUCUGGAUGACCGUAACCUCUACAGAUGUUUUGACAACCCACGACACCUGGCCGUGGCUAUGGACAAGUUUUCCUUCCAUUUACCGUACGAUAAAUACUUCGGAGGGGUUUCCUCAAUGUCAAAGGAGCAAUUCAUGAAGAUAAACGGCUUCCCGAACACUUACUGGGGCUGGGGCGGCGAGGACGACGAUAUCUACAAUCGGGUUGUCAUUCGUGGAAUGCAAAUUUCACGGCCCGACUUUCUGACAGGAAGGUACAAGAUGAUCAGACACAAGAGAGACGUGCACAAUGAGCCUAAUCCAAAGAACCCUGGAAAACUGCAAGGAACUCGAUGGACCAUGGAUAAAGAUGGGAUUAAUUCCCUUAAAUACACAGUCAAGGAGAUUGAGAAGGAUAAAAUGUUUACAUUCAUCACAGUGGACGUUCAGGCUCCACCGUCGUGAGGAAGGACUGAGGAUGUUGACUUUUUCUUCACUGUGUUUCACUUUAACUUCAAGACUCAAAACAAAAACAACCAAAGCUGCCUUGGGUGUCUUUGUCCUGGUGCUAUUCCUCCAAACCAAAUCACACACGUAACUUACUGAUAUGUCAUAAGAGAUCCCUGAGGUGAGUCCAUCAGAGCAUAACAGGUUCUUGCAGACAGUCAUGACCAUGGAAAAAACAAUGACUCAUGUUUGGGUUUGGUUUUUUUUAUACUCUAUUUUUUUGAACAGGCAUAGUUAGACAGCACAGCUCAGUGAAACAGAAACAAUAGGUCAUCUAUACAUCUUAUUUAUAAUAGUGGAAAUACAGUCAGUUCAUACAGUAAUGGCUUAUUAAACCCUCAAUGCUACGUACACAGUCCAUUUUUCCCAGUAAUGCAAACAUUUUUCUGCUCUAAGGUUUAGUGAGUAGGUCAUUUUUCCAUAUGUUCAAUACUAGACACGAUUUCUAUCCAUUCAGUCUCUGUUGGAGGAUUGGGUUGCAGCCACUUUCGUGUCACGGCCUUUUUGCUGGCUGCUAAUAAAAUCUUUAUCAAGUAUUUAUCCUUAACUGAGAGGUGGGCUGCGAUGUUACCUAGAUAAAUUGAUGAGAAUGAGCAGUCAAUCCCUGCUCCAAAAAUGUUUUGUAAUGCCUUAAUUACUCCCCCCCAAUAUGACUUGAUUUUUGGGCAAUUCCAAAAUAUGUGAAAGUGGUCUGCCAGCUGUUCUCCACACUCAUGUUUGGGUUUGUCAUAUUUUCUCUUGCUACUCCUCCUUUACUUUUCUAAUCAUGUAAAGAAUACUGCAAGAGCCACAUGUCAAUAGAGCUGUCAAUCAUCCCCUGUUUCAGCAUCAUAAACUUAUUUAAACAAA